CGCCAACGCCUCUCCCCUUUUUCUGAUUUAUAUAGCUCUGGAUUCACAUACGAUUCUUCUUCGCAGAGCGAAAUCCUCUCCAAUCCUUCUCCCUCUCUCGAUCCCAAAUUUGGAAGAAGAAAUCCAGAGAGUAACGUGAAGGAGAAGCGAGAAAAUGGCUCUCGCAGGUGGUUCGGCCGCCCUUUCAACCAACCCCCUCUUGAAAACCUGCCGCCUCUCCUCAGCCUCCGCGUCCUCUGGUUCCGGUAAUGUAAAACAACCAGCUAUCCUACAAUCCAAGGCAUUUUCAACCAACCGAUCAAUCUCCGCUGUGCACGCAGCGGAGCCAGCCAAGAAAGCUGUCUUAACCGACAAGCCUGCGCUGGCGACGGGGCCUGGGAAGUGGAGGCCGGACAGCUGGACAUCUAAGAAGGCGUUACAGCUUCCGGAGUAUCCUAAAAAGGAAGAGCUAGACUCCGUACUCCACACUAUCGAGAGCUUCCCACCCAUCGUAUUCGCAGGCGAGGCCCGACACCUGGAGGAACGCCUUGGCGAUGCUGCUCUUGGUAAGGCCUUUCUCCUUCAGGGAGGCGAUUGUGCUGAGAGCUUUAAGGAGUUUAAUGCCAAUAACAUCAGGGAUACCUUCCGCAUCCUCCUUCAGAUGGGCGUCGUCCUCAUGUUCGGCGGCCAGGUGCCGGUCAUCAAGGUAGGGAGAAUGGCGGGGCAGUUUGCAAAGCCGAGGUCAGAUCCGUUCGAGGAGAAGAACGGGGUGAAACUGCCAAGCUACAGGGGGGAUAACGUGAACGGCGACACGUUUGAUGAGAAAUCCAGGGUUCCGGAUCCCCAGAGGAUGAUCAGGGCCUACUGCCAAUCAGCGGCCACUCUCAAUCUUCUCCGUGCGUUCGCCACUGGCGGUUACGCGGCGAUGCAACGCGUCACUCAAUGGAAUCUUGACUUCACCGAGCACAGUGAACAAGGAGACAGGUACUUGGAACUCGCCCACCGCGUCGACGAGGCGCUUGGAUUCAUGGCAGCCGCCGGGCUGACCGUAGACCACCCAAUCAUGCAAACGACUGAGUUCUGGACUUCGCACGAGUGCCUUCUUCUUCCCUACGAGCAGGCACUUACCCGCGAGGAUUCAACCUCGGGACUCUACUACGACUGCUCCGCCCACAUGCUGUGGGUCGGCGAGCGAACCCGGCAGCUUGAUGGCGCACACGUCGAGUUUCUCCGUGGAGUUGCUAACCCCCUUGGCAUCAAGGUCAGCGAUAAGAUGAACCCUAGCGAUCUCGUCAAGCUCAUUGAGAUCUUGAACCCGCGAAACAAGCCCGGUAGGAUCACCAUAAUUACGAGGAUGGGUGCAGAGAACAUGAGAGUGAAGCUGCCACACCUCAUCAGGGCCAUACGCUCCGCCGGUCAGAUUGUGACUUGGGUUAGCGAUCCCAUGCACGGCAACACCAUCAAGGCCCCCUGCGGCCUCAAGACUCGCCCAUUUGAUGCCAUUCGGGCGGAGGUACGGGCUUUCUUCGACGUCCACGAACAAGAAGGAAGCCACCCAGGAGGUGUACACUUGGAGAUGACUGGGCAGAAUGUGACGGAGUGCAUCGGCGGCUCCAGAACGGUAACUUUCGAUGACCUGAGCUCGAGGUACCACACUCACUGUGACCCAAGGCUCAAUGCCUCCCAGUCCCUCGAGCUCGCCUUCAUUAUCGCUGAACGCCUCAGGAAGCGCAGGAUUGGGACAAACCAGGUCGCCUCUUCUGAUGCUUCCUCCGCCUUUGUCAAUCUAUGAGUAAUGGCCAUCCAUGUUAGGUGGUGGUGGGUCUGUUUGGAGACCCAAUUUAAUUUCAAGUCCUGCUUAUUAGGUAAUGGACAUAUUUCUUUUCACCUUUUAUAUUUAAUUAUUAAUAAUUAUACAUAAUAAGGCAGGUAGGUUUAAGUUGUUGUUUCCUGGGAAUCUAAGGCUGUAAAUUCUCCUUGUGGAGGAAUGAAAUUGAAAUGUUUUGGGGUUGAUAAAGCA